CAAUGCUCUGCGAUUUUUGAUGCUGCUCCACGUUUCGUAGGAAAGACAUUUCAUAUUCAAACAGUCGCUCUUAACAAAGGCAAGCUGGACAUUAGGAUGGAUAACGUAUCUAUUAGCAUGUCAAGUGCUUAAUGACGUUAGCUUUGCUAGCAUGCCUAGCAUUUAGUACAUGAAACCGGGAUGGUUUUACUAUGUUAAGUUCUUCAUCUGUCUUGUACUGAGCUCGUAACACCCGCAACACUACGUCUGCUAUAUUCUGGUGCAAUGCAAGUUAAAGAUGCAUCUACAAUUUCUCCAUCGAAGAGGGCAAGGACCGAGACAAAGCCUGCAGAGGAAAGAUCUGUCCUCAGGUUUGCAAAACUCUCUGAGCAUGCUACCACACCGACCAGAGGCUCAAACAAAGCAGCGGGUUAUGAUCUCUACAGUGCCUAUGAUUACACCCUUGGUCCUAUGGAUAAGGCCAUUGUGAAGACGGACAUACAGAUAGCAGUUCCUCAUGGCUGCUAUGGGAGAGUUGCACCGAGGUCUGGACUGGCAGCCAAACACUUCAUUGAUGUUGGUGCUGGGGUUGUAGAUGAAGACUAUAGAGGAAAUGUGGGAGUUGUGCUCUUCAACUUCAGCAAGGACACAUUUGAUGUAAAAAAGGGUGACAGAGUUGCUCAGCUGGUCUGUGAGAGGAUCUGCUACCCCGAUCUGGAGGAACAAGAGACGCUUGAUGAGACAGAGCGUGGUGCUGCAGGUUUUGGAUCAACUGGACGCAAUUGAGAGCUCCAAUGUACUCCAGAUGUACAUGCUGAAUAUAUUAAAUAAAGUUUUGUUUUUGUA